AUCCCCUGAGCUGUGGGGAUGGAGUCACAUGCAAUUUGCUCACAGAAAAAGCCCUCUGCAAACUUGAGUAUCCCCAUCAAAAGUUUCAUAGCUGGUGGACCAUGGAGCUCCUUGUAAAUGUAAGAAAAUGGAUAGAAGAUAACAAAUCUGCCUUUUUGCCACCUGUGUGCAAUAAGCUUAUGCAUCGCCAUCAAUUAAGCGUGAUGUUUGUUGGAGGGCCAAAUGAAAGGAAGGAUUAUCAUAUUGAAGAAGGAGAAGAGCUUUUUUACCAGGUUAAAGGAGAGAUGUGUUUGAAGAUAAUUGAAAAUGGGAAACGAAAAGACAUUGUCAUCCGAGAAGGGGAGAUAUUCCUCCUACCUGCUAGGAUACCUCAUUCUCCUCAGAGAUAUGCAAACACUAUGGGUCUUGUGAUUGAGAGGGAAAGAUUAAAGACAGAAAUUGACGGGCUCAGAUACUAUGUUGGAGAUUCAACUAAUGUCCUCUUUGAAAAAUGGUUUCACUGUGAAGACCUUGGCACUCAACUUGCACCAAUAAUUCAAGAGUUUUUCAAUUCAAGACAAUAUCAAACUGGAAAACCAAAUCCAGAUGAACUCCUGAAAGAAACACCUUUCCCUCUAAAUUCCACCUCUGUUAUGGAGCCAUUUUCCUUCCCAGGCUGGUUAAAUGAUCAUCGUGGUGAAAUACAGCAGAAGAAAUCCUUGAGUAUGUUUGGAGAUAACUUUGAAACAGAGGUUAUAGCUUAUGGACCGGGAACAACUGAGAAAAGUAAAAAGAAUUCAGAUAUCUGGAUAUGGCAGCUGGAGGGCACAUCAACUGUUACCAUGGAUGGUAAAACUCUAAUUCUAUCUGCUGGUGACAGCCUGCUUGUCCGUGCCCAGUCUAUGUACUACUGGAAAAGAACAGAAGAAUGUGUUGCUCUCUGCAUUGCUCAGGAUCCAAAACGCAAGCAGCCUUAUCCCUAGCUCCUGUGUCAGCUGACUUGGACGAUAACUAAGUUUUAACCCACUUAUCUUAAGGAUCUGUUAGUCAGAAUGCCUGGAAAUGUGAUUAGUCUAAGCCAAUGAUUACACUGAAUUAAGUGGAGUCAAGUCCUGUGCCCAGUUAAAACUUAUUUUCCCUCAAGUAGUUAAAGUUUCAGCAAAAUCUACAAUCAAUAACUUUGUUUAAAAAACCAAAGAGAACAAUAAUUCUUAUCUGACAGGAAACGAAAACAGAUCCAAGUAUCAGGAUUACUUAUAUAAUAAUAUAUAUGAUGCUAUCUAGAAUAAGUGAAAGGCUUUUCAAAUGCAAGUCUUUGCCAUAAGAUGUAGAAGAUAGGACACGUACUUUUAUGCUUGCUUAAGUAACGGUCUUCAUUUCUUUGUCUCAGUCUUGUCAUUUCUAAUAAAUAGGGUAUAACAUUAGUUACCCAGCCCACAGUGGGGGAGCUUUAGAGGGCUGUAGCUUGCAGAUUUGCUGAGAUAUUCGGCUAAAAGGCCCUAUGAAAACCAAAAUACUGCUCGAGGAUCUCAGCACUUUGUGAAUGAGAGGAAGGUGCAUUAGUAAAGGAGGAAGCAGUACAUGCAGCAACAUCAAGCGUUACUUGGAUCACUGCUAUGCUGGCUUCAGGUAACAUCAGUUUACCAACUCCAGCAAUGCAGUAUCAAUCACAGUGACAUGCCACACAUCCCAUGCUGGCUGCUGCCUCUGCACUGUGCUAUCAAGAACAUAGCACUGCAGUGUAACUAACACAGGAGCACCUGGGUCAUAAGCAUUCCUGUGCAGCAGGAAUCUGAAGUCAAAGUAGCCCAAGAAGUGUGUUGGGGAACAAAGGAGCAGAAAAAAAUAUUAUAAUCAGUUUCUAAGUGCUGCUUCUUUUGAACAAUGAUUUUUCUUGCAGAAAUAACAAGAGUCAAAUUAUUUUUUCCUGCUUUUAUUCCAAGAACUCUCCAGAGGGGGGUUGGUUUGGUUUGGGGUUCUGGUUGGUUGGCUUUGGGUUGUGUGUUUGUUUUUACUUGUCCUUCACAUUAACAUCACAAACAGAUUGCUUAAAUAUCUGCAGGUAUUACCAAUUAUAUGUCAGAAAAAGCAAAAAGUCACCAUUUUUUGAUUUUCUUUUUGUAAUUCUAAUGAAGUUCAGAAAAUACAUCUAUCACCUACAAAGCUCAUUAAAUUGAGAUGUCAUGUUCAAGUGUUCAUUCUUCUGAUGGGAAAGACUCAGGUGGCUUGGCUUUAAUCUAUAACUUACAUGUAAGCUCAGUGGUUUUUCUAGUAAAGCAUACAGUAGAAUUUUGCUACAUCCUCCUAACAACAAGGGACUGAAUUUGAGAAAGUGAGCCUAGUCCUUAAGGCUAUUAGGGGUGUCACGCAUGAAAAGGAGCUACGACAUUCCUUUUGAGAAAGGGACUCAUCUGAUUACCCUUGCUAUUGGCAUAUGUGCAGAAUUGCUUUCUCCUUGAGCAAACAGCUAUCAUUGAGGAAUUUAGGGUACCAAGAUGUUAUAUUUUCAGUCCACCAGUUAGAGGGUAACCACAGAAAUAUUUCUGUAUUUCACACCAAAUGAUAAGUGCAUAAACCACAGGAACAUGUAGAACAAUGUCCAGAAUAACCAAUAGCUUUUUACCCAUCCAGAAGCAGAAAUAAAAAUUAAGGCACCUCUGGAUUAGAUACCUCCCAGGAUUUUCAAUUAAGGCCCCACUCAAACUACAUUUAUGAUGAAGUCCUUUUAUGACAACUUGUGCUUGAACACUUGAAUUCUACCCACUUCCUAUACUAGGCGCCUCAAAUCAGAGCAAGAACCAGACCAGAGCACAAAUAAGAGCACAGAGAGAAUGUGCCUUUUACUUCUUUCAAGGUGCUUAACCACUGUGAUUUAGAAACCUACAACUUCUCUUUUUCCAAGUCUUCAAAUAGUUGCAGGGGGCUCCUGAUCAGUCGGUGAAUCUUUUUCAGGUGUUUUGUUCUUCCUCUGUAUUCUACAUAUAGUAAACUGCCCCAGCAAUGGUACAUUUAAAUUAGACGGACCCCUGCUCCUCUGCUUAUGAGGAAGUUGGCCAGAUGAAAGGUUUGGUUCCUGGAGUCCUUUUAGCUGUUAGGAGCUGUUUCUGUCUAUGUGCGGUUACGUCAGUAGGUACUUUGUCACCGGAGUUGUUGGAAUCACACUAUGGGGACUUCACUGCUAACCUUGCUCACAAAGAUGGAUUUCAGACUUAAGUUAGUGGCAAAAGCUUAAUUAGGUAUGUUGUCUGCAACAUUCCCUAACGCACUCCUGUUGGCAACGUGCUUGUUCAUGCAUGUCCAUGACAACACACCAGCACAAAACCAUGUCCUAUGCAUAUACAAGACAUUUUCUUUACAGCUCUUUCUAUACAAAGUGCACCUAUACCCUGAUUUGGGCACCCAAUUUCUAUCAGAAUUAUAGAGAUAUUGUGCCACUUCAUACUUAAUAAACUUACUACAUUUUGGCA